AACCAAACACCCUGUAUAAAAUUGAUAAAAGAAGCAGAUCGACCCAGUUGAACAAUCAAUGAUGUACAUUAAUUGAUAGUUGCAAAUGAUACAAGCGUAGAAAUAUGGUAUUUUCUAGUGAAAGCACGUAGUAGUGUGGGUUCAAAAAAAUUUUACCCAGAAAUCGUUCGUACCGUUCAAGAAAAGUGUAAAAGCCGUCGGUCGAAUCGACCCGUCGCUGCCGUCGGAAAAGAGCAAACAGUGCGGAGCGGUGAGAGCCAAUAGUUUGAGUGCACAUCACUACAAAUCCAAAACGCUGUAGGAAAGCUCACUUGAGUGUCUACUGACGAAAGUAUCGUGAAAAAAAUUCCAUACUAUCGGUCCCUUGGAGAGAGUGAGAGUGCGUUUGGGAGAGCCUGGACGAGAGUGCAAAAUCCCGACAGUUCAGAAGGUGGAUAUUGGAUUUUUAUAUGUAAAGUAAUAUGGAGGAUCUGAAAGAUGGUGAUACAUUUUAAUGAAAUGCAGAGAUUGUUUUAGAGGAAAAGUGCAUAAAAACGACUGAACGAUACAAAAGGACACGGUUUAGGGUUAGUGAUUGGAACUGUAGCGUUUGGGACUACUAGAAGCCGACGCGAAUGGUUUCUGUCUGAUUGUGGGAAAGUCCCAACAAUUGAAAACUGCAGAUAAUCGAUAAAUUGGUGUUGAAUUUUUUCCUCUCCGAGGCUGUGGCACUGGAGCAAGAAAGUGUAAGCGCGAUAAAACCAGCAAAUACAGCCGGAAUAAAUAAAAUAAAAGAAGAGGAGAGAAAGUCAGCACUCUUAAUUAUCCAGUUUUUAUCGGGUUAUUUAAUUGCAUAUUUCACGGAAGGAAAACGACAGUGUUCAGAAGCUGCUAAAUUUCCUUUUAGAUUGCGUCAGGAUGAACGAGCUAGAGGCACUACGGCAAGAAGCGGAAACACUGAAAAAUGCUAUCCGUGAUGCCCGGAAGGCGGCUUGUGACACAUCGCUGGUCCAGGCCACAAACAAUCUGGAACCUAUCGGUAGGAUACAGAUGAGAACCAGACGCACUCUGAGGGGUCAUUUAGCGAAAAUCUACGCUAUGCAUUGGGGUAGCGACUCUAGGAAUCUAGUAUCAGCAUCGCAGGACGGUAAGCUGAUCGUAUGGGAUUCGCACACGACGAACAAAGUUCACGCAAUACCACUGCGUUCAUCGUGGGUAAUGACUUGUGCGUAUGCGCCCUCGGGUAAUUUCGUAGCGUGUGGUGGAUUAGACAACAUUUGUUCGAUAUACAACCUGAAAACGAGAGAGGGAAACGUCAGAGUAUCGCGUGAGCUUCCUGGACAUACUGGAUAUUUGUCUUGCUGUCGAUUUCUCGAUGAUAAUCAGAUUGUAACCAGCUCUGGCGAUAUGUCAUGUGGAUUGUGGGAUAUCGAAACAGGCCAGCAAUGCACGUCUUUCCUUGGCCACACCGGCGACGUGAUGGCGCUGUCCCUCUCUCCCCAGUGUCGCGUAUUCGUUUCGGGAGCAUGUGAUGCCUCAGCAAAACUGUGGGACAUCCGCGAAGGUCAGUGUAAACAAACGUUUCCUGGGCACGAGAGCGACAUCAACGCCGUCACUUUCUUUCCGAAUGGACACGCAUUCGCAACCGGCUCGGACGAUGCAACUUGUCGUCUUUUCGAUAUCCGCGCCGAUCAGGAAUUGGCCAUGUAUUCGCACGAUAAUAUCAUUUGCGGUAUCACCUCUGUGGCAUUCUCAAAAUCCGGCCGUCUAUUGUUGGCCGGUUACGACGACUUCAACUGUAACGUAUGGGACACGAUGAAGGCGGAACGAGCGGGUAUUCUUGCAGGGCAUGACAAUCGCGUAUCGUGCUUAGGAGUAACAGAAAAUGGUAUGGCUGUAGCAACUGGUUCCUGGGACUCAUUCUUGCGCGUUUGGAACUAAACUAGGGAGGAAGUACCGGCUGUCGUACACACACACUGACAAACCCAUAGUGACAUACCUACAACAGUAUCAUUGGCUGCUAAUGAUACGCAUUCACGGCAUGUGCAAUUGCAUCUACUCCGAAAGAAGCAACAGUGUACACAUAGGAACGCAACAUGCAAAUUAAGCAAGUCUGGAUUUUAGUUAAUUUUAAACAGAAAACACAUUUGUGAAACAUCUCAGAUAUAUUGUUUUUUAGUUUCUAGAUUGAUUAUAGUGACGAACAUAGCACAAAUGUUAAAUUGGAAGUAAACGUGAUAGUUUACGCGCAAAUAUUAACUAUUACACAAAGUUGUUUUUCUCUUCAAUUCCGUUUUCUAAAUAUUUAUAUUUACAAUGACAAACUAAAAAAAACAAAACCUGCAUUGAUGAUGUUCUACUAUCAAUGUUUUUUGUUAUUGAAUUGUAACAUAGAUAUGUGAAUGCUAAACUACAAACAACCCUGUCUAAAUCCUUUAUCAUCGUGCCGUUUCAAAUGCGCUUCCCUGAUGUACGUUAGAAACACGGUUUUUCUUUUGUUGACCGACGAUAACACCCAGGAUAAACGCGUACAUCUGAAAAGAUCGUUACACAAAUUGUUUUAUUUACUUCCUCUUAUUACAUUCGAAUAUUAUUUAAGAAGCUGCUUUUCAGCCGUAUUAGAUUUUCUAUUUAAAACAAAAUUGUUAUUCCUUCUAUUUGUACACAAACAUAUACAUGUUUUUAUGAUAAUCUAUUUAUACACGUAUUUGUAUUUAUUUAUUUAGUCUGAACAAGCAAAAAAGGAAAAUGAAAACACUAUUUAGUAAGAAUCACUCCACUGUGCAUGAGCUCCCAAGGGGCGAUAUCUUAAGAGAAAUGUACAAUUCAUUCAUCACCCGGCAAAUAAAGGUUUUCCUUAGGAUACUGAGCUUUUGCAUCUGGAAAGAUUCUAAGCAGGUUAUAUUUUUGCGGCCCGAUUUUUGCACAUAAUCGGUACAAAAUGCUCUCCUCUUUCAAUGCCAUAAUAGAAUAUGAUUUUUUUUAAAAUUUUCAUCCGUAUCGAUAGUAUUUCGAAUGAAAAAGAAAUGAGCGCCCGCAAAAGUUACCUAAACUCGCUAGAGAAUUUAGUUGUGCUAGUCAGUAUCAGAUGAAGUAUCCCUUCGUUGCAUCGCCAUGCAGUCAGCUUGGUUUUUUUUGUAGCAUAAAUCUAACAAAUACAAAACAGACAAAGUAUGGUCAUAUCCCAAAAAAAUGUCUGAAAAGAGAACAGAAAAAAUAGAAAUCAGCCUAUCAAUUAAAAUUAAAAUCUCAUACGUGUAAGGUAAUUUUUAAAAAAAGUAAUCAGUAAAACAAAAUGCAUUCAUCAGAAAAAAAGCAUUUACACAGUUGCGUUAUUUUGUAACCAUCAACACGUAUAGCGAUGAUAGAUGUGAAAAGGAUAUAAUAAUAGAAUGGGAUGUAAAUUGAAACAAUGCGAAAUGGCACACUAUGCAGCAAAUACGUUCACACUUCAUUUCGCUUUACGAUUCGCAAACAAAAUAUCCAGGCACACUUCGUUGCGCACAUCCGCACACUCCUUAGCGCGCUGUUAGAAAAAAGGGCGUUCUGACACAGACGACGGCGCAACUCUGCUCCGUUUUUUGCUCGCGAGGGUGUAUGCGUAAGCAAAGUACGUAUUUAUUUGAACGAUAGUGGUCCUGAUUAGAGAGAAUAUUUAUUGCAUAACAUCUGUAUCUAAGCAGCCGAUACUGGCUUCUAUUCCGUAUCGUUUUCAAAAAUCUGAUAGCCUUCCAAAAUAUCGGUAAAUCAACUCCCCUAUCGUUCACAUUCCGUUUGCCGUAAACCGAAAUAAAAAUGAACUAGUUGCGUGCGCACAACAGCAAAUUUUGCAAUGAAAGAGAAUAUUGUAAGCGCCACCCACUGCCUAAUCUUCAAAACAAAAUUAUAAGAAAGAUUUAUGUGGAGAACACAGAGAAAACUAACAAAAGCGAAUAGGGUUAGUAGUGAGCAAACGCAGUGAACAAUAAAUAUCGUGAAAUAAUUGGGUACAUGAAGCAAAUAAUCGCACACGUUAAUGUGUGAGUAAUAUAAUGAGCUACCCAAAUCUCCCAAGACCAUGAAAUUCAAAACAUACUAACAGAAGAUAGUGUGAUAAGGAUAAUCGGAGUGGGCUUCGCUAAUACGUACACACGAAUAAGUGAAUCUUCUACUAUUGUUCUCUAUCACUAUGACAGACCAAGGUAAGCCCGGAUAAGUUGAGCGCACGAUAUUUGUUUUAUUUUUUUUAUCAAUUUUUCAGUGUACAAAACAUUGCCAUCGUACACAAAAAGAAUUUCAAUUAAGAAACAGUUUUUUU